UCUGUGCAGCUCGAGCUCGAGGCCGUGGGGAAGCAGAUUCGCGACCUGGAACAGAAGCAGGCCCAGCUGAGAGAGCGGAGAGCCGCGCUGGAAUCAUCCCGGGCUGACGCUCACAAGUCCGGGGCCCGGUGCACCCAGGACGCGAUCUUCCCAGAUGUCCUUCACUGCGACGCCGGGACACCACGGACCCUGGGUGCAUCCACAGCGGAGGACGCGAGCUGGGUCCCGGGCGACUACUUCUCCCCCUCCUGCCUUCGAGAUCUCCAUCCAGAACCGCUUCGCUCCCCUCCGCGAGACAGGACGCGACGCUGUGAUCAUCGGAGACUCCAUCGUCCGACACGUAAGUGCUACGUUAGCCGAAGGUAAAGUGCACACUCAUUGUUUGCCUGGUGCUCGUGUUCUCGAUGUUUCUGCGCAGAUACCCGCGAUCCUGAAGGACGGCGAGAGCCCCAGAGCGGUCGUGCUUCACGCCGGAGUUAACGACACCACGCUGCGGCAGACGGAGACGCUGAAGAGGGACUUCAGGAGCCUGAUCGAGACGGUUCGCAGCACGACGCCCGCGGCGACGAUCGUCAUGUCAGGACCACUGCCCACGUAUCGACGAGGACACGAAAGGUUCAGUAGACUUUUUGCUUUAAAUGAAUGGUUGUUGUCAUGGUGUAAAGAACAGAAACUGCUAUUUGUUAAUAACUGGAAUCUUUUCUGGGAGCGUCCUAGACUGUUUCGCGCUGAUGGAUUACACCCCAGCAGAAUUGGAGCGGAGCUUCUCUCUGACAGCAUCACCAGGACACUUCGCUCCAUGUGACUAGUAAGACAAUUCUCAAAUAAGCAUUAUGAUGAGUUUUGUUCCAACCGCUUAAAUGCUAAAAGUACUUGCGCUGUAAAACCUAUUAAGACUGUGUCUGUUCCCCGAAUAGUGAGGUCAAAAUAUAAAUAUAAUGUAGGAUCUAGAAAAAAUCUUAUCGUAAUUAAACCAGAAAAAUGUAAA